AUGUUUUUGCAAACACCUGUAGUCUGCAUCUCUAGUAGUAAGAAAAAUGCAGCAUUUAAGCUAUAUAAAGGGAAGAAGUCCCGUCAAAUAGAGAUUUUUUUGUUUGGACCAUCUUUGAUUGUAUUACAAUAUAUAAGAACCACUACUAUAAAUAAUAUUUAUAGUACUCCACCCUUGAACGUGAAAUAUUCAAAUCCGAAUCAUGAAGUUGUUCAGGAAUGUGGUGCACAUUUAAUCAUUAUCAGUCCACACUCUGUUCAUAGAGCACAUGCUGGAGAAAGUGAGAAAGUUGUGCGUGAAGCAUUUUCAGAGGCAUCGUCCCAUGCAAUGUUGGGCAAGCCAUCAGUUAUAUUUAUCGAUGAAAUAGAUGCACUCUGUCCUCGUCGUGAUUUUAGAAGGGAGCAAGAUGUUCGUUUAGCCUCUCAAAUCUUUACGCUAAUGGACUCCAGUAAACCUUCCUCAAAUUCUGCACCACAAGUUGUCGUAGUUGCCUCCACUAACAGAGUGGAUGCAAUGGAUCCCGCACUAAGAAGAUCCGGGCGCUUUGAUGCUGAAGUUGAAGUUACUACACCUACGGAGGAGGAACGCCUUCAAAUUCUCAAGCUCUACACAAAGAAGGUUCCUUUAGAUCCCAAUGUUGAUUUAAGGACCAUAGCUGCAUCUUGCAAUGGCUAUGUUGGGGCUGACUUGGAAGCUUUAUGUCGUGAGGCUACCAUAUUUGCGGUCAAAAGGUCAUCUGAUGCAAAUGAAGAUGCCAGUGUGCUCAGCUUAACAAUUGAAGACUGGGAACAUGCAAAAACCAUAGCUGGGCCCAGCAUAACAAGAGGUGUUACUGUGGAAAUCCCAAAGGUGACUUGGGAAGAUAUUGGAGGACUAAAAGAUUUGAAGAAAAAGCUCCGGCAAGCUGUUGAGUGGCCUAUUAAACAUUCUGCUGCAUUUUCAAGGCUGGGAAUAUCUCCUAUACGAGGAAUUCUUCUCCAUGGGCCUCCAGGAUGCUCAAAAACAACCCUUGCUAAAGCUGCAGCUGAUGCCGCCCAAGCUUCUUUUUUUUCCCUGAGUGGUGCAGAAUUGUAUUUGAUGUAUGUUGGAGAGGGAGAAGCUUUGUUGCGGAACACAUUUCAGAGAGCUCGCCUUGCAGCACCAAGCAUAAUAUUCUUUGAUGAGGCAGACGUUGUUGCUGCUAAACGAGGUGGAAGUUCAAGCAGCAACAUUACAGUUGGAGAGAGGCUUCUCUCUACUUUACUAACUGAAAUGGAUGGUUUAGAAGAGGCUAAAGGAAUUCUUGUUUUGGCUGCUACAAAUCGUCCUCACGCAAUUGAUGCUGCACUUAUGCGCCCUGGACGCUUUGAUCUGGUUCUAUAUGUACCACUACCCGAUCUAGAAGGUCGGUACGAGAUACUUCAUGUACAUACACGUAGUAUGAAAAUAGGACCGGAUGUUGAUCUCAAAAGAAUAGCAGGAGAUACCGAACUUUUCACAAGAGCUGAACUGGAGGGUCUGUGUAGGGAAGCUGGAAUUGUUGCUUUGAGGGAAGACAUUACUGCUACUGUUGUGUGUGAUCAGCAUUUCCAGAUUGUUAAGGAUUCUUUGAAACCCGCAUUAACAAGGGCAGAAAUUGAUUCCUAUGCAUUGUUUUUGAAAAACUCUUAUGUGAAACGCUCUGGCGAGUUUGUAUCUAGUGUCAAGAAUGAUAGCAAGCACAAAAAAGAAACAUUGGGUCCAUUAUUUACUCUAAAAGUUGGUGUUGUAAGCUUUAUCUUACUUGGUGCUGCUGCUGCUAAAUAUUUUCUCACUAGAACAGAUCAAACCCUACUUGAACUAGCUACUACCUGAAGAAUUUGCUGGAGAUGUAUGCUAUUUUUUUGUUAUAA